GUCAUAGCUUUGGCUUCUGCAACUUUGCAACUUCCAUUCUAUUUAUUUAUUUAUUCUCAAUUCUCAUCAUCGUCCACUUUUGUUGUGCUCAAUGCACUCGUCCCCUAUCCGAGGAACUUGCCAAUGGCUAACCUAUUAACACAUCAUGACUUCUACCACAUCCAUGCCGCCUGUGGCUUGGUUGCUCUGCUACACUUUUUCUAUCGAUUACGCUUGAUAGUUCUGGAUGUUGAAAAUGCUGGAUUCGCGAGAAACCUUGGAGAAGAUUUGGUUUCCAUGGUGAUCUUGGCGUUGCCCAAUUUAACCAGCUACCUGUUUACCGUUGUCAACGUAAAGAAAGGCAACGAUGGCUUUUCGAUAUGGAAAGAAUACCGCGGCCAUUCCUUUGUUUAUGCUGCAAAGCUGUGGCUCGUCAAUGCUAUGCAGCUCUACGCAGAGCAUUUUCAACCAGAUGAAGGACUGCAAUACGAGAGAGCUUAUCGAGUUCUAGCGGAGUUUGGCACCAUGUUGGGCCUACAAUAUGUCACACAACAAUACCCGAAGCAAGAAUCGACAAUUCGCGGAAUGUACAAGAGCCCAUUUACUGUUUUCUUUGUAGGUUACCUGCAGUUCCUAGCGCGAGCGGGUGUGCUGUAUGGAGCUCCUGAUCCACGAGAUAACAUAACUGCUGUGUUUCUGGGUGUUAUGAUUGUUCAGAUGAAUGCGUUCAACAUGACGUUGCGCAAGAAGCGCAUUAUUGGUCCCAAAACGACACAGGCAUUCUAUACAACCUUGUUGGGAGGUGCCUUGUACUUGCUCCUCUUAAGACGGCUCUGGGCCGAACCACCCACUGGAAUAUUUGAUCCCCGGUUCAAAAACAUCUAUCUGGCUUUGCUUGCCUACAGCUGCCGAAGGCAAGGGUUUGAUAGAUUCUCAUCUUGGAUUAUAGCACUCUCCGCCAUGGCAUUAAUCGAUCAGCAUUUUGAUCCAUUCAAAGCAACACAAGGGCAGCAAUAAUGGAUGCAUUCGGUGGCACCGGAGUCCUCGCUGGAUUCUAGAGACUGGAUUCGUCACAGUCCUUGUUGGCUGAGUCGAUUUUCCUGGAAUGUCAGGGCUCCGACGACAAAAACGCUACCGGUACGGUCGUUGGUCUAUUUUUCUGCGAGGCGGGAGAAUAGACCCAACGACCUUGACGAUCUGAAAAAAAGUGUAAUUUACUUUGGUAUCCCUUUUGACGCUUUAGAGUUGAUAGGCCG